AGUAAUAACCUGUUUCAAUAGCAUUUAAUUGCAAAGAGAAACAUUCCUUCGCUAUUAUUACCUCAUAAAUCAAAAUGCAUUUAAUUGCAAAUAUUCCUUCGCUACUAACUGGAAUAAAAAGUCCUAAAAUGAAUAAUAAAGAGCCCAAAUGGUCAUUGAAGGCACAAAUUUCUCAUCCUCCAAAUGAGAGACGCUCUGCUAAUUACCAACCAACUACGUGGAGCUACAGCUUUUUGCAGUCCUUAAAGAAUGAUAACGCAGAUUUGCUGUACAAAGACAAGGCAAGAAAGCUAGAGGAUGAAGUGAGGAGUGUAAUUAAUGAUGAAAGUAAGGAGUUUUCGACAAUUCUUGAACUGAUUGAUGACAUCCAAAGGUUGGGUUUAGAGUAUCUCUUCAAGAAAGACAUAAACAAAGUGCUUGAUAGAUUCCAAGCUCGGGGAGGAUGUAAAGUUAUGUCCAACAAAUCUCUUCAUGUUGUUGCUCUCAGCUUUAGACUUCUCAGACAACAUGGUUAUCAGGUUUCUCCAGAUGAAUUCAGGAAUUUCAUGGACAAAGAUGGUAAUCUGGAAGAACGCUUCAAGAAGGAUGAAAAAGGAAUUUUGAGUCUAUACGAAGCUUCAUUUUUCUCCUUUGAAGGAGAAUUUCUAUUAGACAAUGCAAUGACACAAACAAGAACACAUCUCAAUAACCUUAUUAAGAAUAACUCAGACAUUAGCCACGCUCUUGAGCUUCCGUUGCGUCGGCGAAUGGUUCUGUCGGAAGCACGCUGGUAUAUUGAAGCAUAUGGUAAAAGGGAAGAAGUAAACCCUUUGUUACUUGAACUUGCAAAGCUGAAUUUUAGUAUGGUGCAAUCUGUACUCCAAAGAGAUCUUAAAGAAAUGUCAAGGUGGUGGAACAAUUUGGAACUAGCAAAACAUUUGAGGUUUAGUAGAGACAGACUAAUGGAGUGCUUCUUUUCGACAGUUGGAAUGGCCUUUGAGCCACAAUUUAGCAGAUGUCGUAAAGCAUUAACAAAAGUCGCUUCUUUCAUUACUACCAUUGACGAUGUAUAUGAUAUUUACGGCACUUUGGAUGAAUUGCAGCUGUUUACAGAAGCUCUUGAGAGGCGAUUAUCUUUGUAG